AUGAAAGAACCGAUUGCAAUUGUGGGUAGUUCCUGCCGGUUCCCAGGCGGUGUGACCUCUACGGCCGAACUCUGGGAGCUUCUCUACAAUCCACGCGAUGUUUUGACCGACAUCCCUUCCCAUAAACUCAACCUCUCCGGCUUCUAUCAUCCUAACCCUGAUCACCUUGGCUGCACAAACGUCCCAAACAGAGCCUACCUCCUGCACACCGAUCAUCGUCACUUCGAUGCUGCCUUCUUCGGAAUUUCUCCUGCCGAAGCUGAGUGCAUGGAUCCCCAGCAACGGUUGUUGCUGGAAACAACAUACGAAGCCCUGGAGGCUGCAGGAUAUACCCUUCAGCAAAUGCAAGGAUCCUCGACUGCGGUGUUUGUCGGCGCCAUGACUUCAGACUAUCAUGACAUCCAAAUGCGUGAUCUAGAUUCUGCUGGGAGGUGGGAUGCGACCGGAACUGCCCCUAGUCUGUUGUCAAAUCGAUUAUCGUAUUUCUUUGACCUGAAAGGCCCUUCGAUCACAGUCAACACCGCGUGCUCGAGCUCUUUAGUCGCGUUACACUAUGCUGUCCAGAGUCUAAGGAACCAGGAAGCGGAGCUAGCCAUUGUUGCAGGAGUCAAUUUGAUCCUGGACGCGGGAACAUAUGUCAGCGAAUCGAAACUACAUAUGUUGUCACCUACAUCCAGGUGUCGAAUGUGGGAUGAAGCGGCCGAUGGCUACGCCCGAGGAGAGGGAUGUGCAUCUGUCAUUUUGAAACCGUUAAACCACGCGAUAGCCGACAGCGAUAAUAUAGAAGGCAUCGUCAGAGAGACAUUAAUCAACUCAGACGGCCGCUCGCCUGGAAUUACGAUGCCGAGUGUUGAGGCUCAGGCAAAUCUGAUUCGACAAACAUACUUGAACACUGGUCUCGAUCCCGUCAGAGAUCGGUGCCAGCUUUUCGAAUGCCAUGGAACGGGCACGCCCGCAGGAGAUCCCGUUGAAGCCCAAGCAAUCCAAACAGUUUUCUUCCCAAAGCACUCCACGUUCAACGCAGCCGACAAGCUUCAUGCAGGGUCCAUCAAAACACUUGUGGGGCAUUUGGAAGGUUGUGCUGGCCUCGCAGGACUGCUAAAAGCAGUUGAAUGUUUAAAAAACCGUAUGGUUACUGCGAAUUUGCUUUUCGAUAAACUCAAUCCAAGGAUCGAACCAUUCUACGACCAUUUAGAAGUUCCAACUCGAAAUCUCAGAUGGCCUUCUCUAGUCCCAAACAACCCACUGCGUGCCAGUGUGAAUUCGUUUGGAUUCGGUGGAACUAAUGCGCACGCCAUCAUUGAGAAUUAUACACCUCGCACAGAAUUUUGUCAACAGAGGGGCGAUGAGCUUGAAAGAGCUAAUCGAGACCUACUCGUAGGUCUGUUUGUGUUCUCUGCCAAUACCCGGUUCUCAUUAAUGCAAAAUCUUCAGCACACGGCGAACUAUGUCAGAAGCCACCCCUCGACAAAUUUGAACGACUUAGCAUGGGUGCUAAGUAGCAAAAGAACAUUUCUUCCCUUGAGAACAUCGUUCUCUGCGAAUAGCCGCGAUGAGCUUUUGGGCAUGAUUGAGAGAACCGUUCAAAUGGAAGAAUCGGACCUUGAAGCUGAUCUCAAUCGCUCGGCACGAAAGACCCCGAACGAAAAAAGUGCUAUUCUUGGUGUUUUUACUGGUCAAGGUGCACAAUGGGCAGCUAUGGGCCGUGAUCUGAUCCAGUCAUGCCCCAUAUUCCGAGACUCAAUUGAAAAGUGUCAGCGAGCACUAGAGGGUCUGCCGGAUGGACCUUCAUGGUCGCUGCAGAAUGAACUUACGGCAGACGAACCAUUUUCGAAGGUUGCCGAAGCGGAAUUAAGCCAGCCACUGACGACAGCAAUUGAGAUUGCAAUUUGCGAUCUUCUCAGUGCUGCUGGUAUACAGCUUGAUGUUGUUGUGGGCCACUCUUCGGGAGAGAUUGCUGCUACCUAUGCCGCUGGGAUCCUAUCGGCAGAGGACGCCAUCAAGAUCGCCUAUUAUCGUGGUUACCACGCUAGACAGGCUAGCACCAGGUGCUCUUCACGGCCCGGUGCAAUGAUGGCCGUCAGCCUGUCUUAUACCGAGGCGUCACAGUUCUGCACCCAGCCACUGUUUCGGGGAAGAAUCGUUGUUGCUGCCAGUAAUUCACCUACAAGUGUGACCCUUUCAGGUGAUCGCGAUGCCAUUUUCGAAGCUAAACUACAAUUUGACAACAGAAAUACAUUCUCCAGAAUUUUGAGGGUCGAUGUAGCCUAUCAUUCUCACCACAUGCGCGCUUGUGCAGACGCAUACUUGACAUCUUUGAAGGCGUGCAAUAUCCGAGGGCGAUCACCACGGGAAGGAUGCAAUUGGACUUCGAGCGUAAAGGAGAACGAAAUCUCUCUAAAUACUGACAUGUCUGCUCUAUCUGGUCAGUAUUGGGUGGACAACAUGGUGCAGCCCGUGCUCUUCUCGCAGGCGUUGGAACUUUCGUUUCAGAGGACUAGCCUGCCUGACUUGUGCAUUGAGGUUGGACCCCAUCCAGCACUCAAAGCCCCUGUCAUGGAGACGAUUAAAAAGGUUACCGACAAAGAGACUCCAUAUGUAUCGGUGUUGAAACGUGCAGUAGCUGACGUGAAAGCUGCAUCGUUGGCUGUGGGCUUGGUCUGGCAACUUCUGGGACCUCACCGUGUCGACCUUACCGGAUACCGCUCUUCAUUUGAGCUACCGAAACCUAAACUACUUAGAGGACUACCGAACUACUGCUGGGACCACCGAAGAGAACACUGGAGAGAAUCUCGCAUGUCGCGCAAGUACCGGCUUCAGGGGUCGGACUCACAGAAGUCGCUCGGUCGACGGACUUAUGAUUGCCCGUCUCGCGAAAUUCAAUGGAGGAAAAAUUUGCAUUUGGAAGAGAUAAAGUGGCUUCAGGGCUACAGGUACCACGGGGAGCCACUGCUCUCCGCUGGAUUCCUUAUAGCUCGUGCUCUGAAAGCCACAAGCGCUUUCGUCAACCAUAGUCUUCUUUCGCUUGUCGAGAUACGCGAUCUGGAGCUCUCCAUACCCUUAAAGAUGGAAAGACAUGACUCGGAAAUAGAAUGCAUAAGCAGAAUACGAGUCUCCAGUGAAGUGUCCAAGACCUAUUCGGACUCUGUUGUUGAUCUUGAUUUUGCUUGCGAUGCCUCCACUGACUGUAAUGCAAACCUCCAAAAGCUUUGCAUAACCCGCGUGAUUCCCCAUUUAGGUAAGCCUCACACUGACGAGUUGCCCCCAAGGUCCGUGGGGCAACCUUGUAUGACAAAAGUGGACCCAGAUGACCUGUACGAGCUUUUGGAGGAUCGUGGCCUUGUCUGUGGGGGUCCAUUUCGUGCGAUCAAGACGUUGCGUCGGACGCUCAACCAUGCUAGCGUAUGCGCUUCGUGGCCCAAAGAUACAGCCUCACCAUCAGCACUGCUCGUCGCUUCCUUUGAAACUGCAUUUCAAUCCCUAAUGAUAGCAUCUAAUUCGCCCUUGGUACGAACAAACUGUUCAUUUUAUUUUCCUUUCAGAAUCAACCGCGUCGUCAUAAAUCAGGAUCUAGCCCAUCGAGUCUUAUGCGAUGAUCUUGAUCUGAACAUUGAUGCAUUUAUCAUAUCGUCUGACUCUUGUCAGAUUGAGGGUGACUUUUCAAUCUACGACUGCCACGGGAACUCGAUCGUUCAGGCAGAUGGCGUGCUCUUGAGGUGUGCGGAUGAGCAUAAAUCUUUAUGUAACAAAAGUCUUUUCUCUCGGAUUGCUUGGGAACGGGAUCCAUUUACAUGCUCUGAACUGAUUGAUAAGCACGAGCGCAAGGAUGAAGAAGAGGCUAUAGCUAUCGCUACAGAAAGAAUCGCUCUGUUCUACGCGCAAAGGUCAUUGUCGGAGAUUGACCCACGUGAAGUUGCGACAUUCAAGGCCCACCACCGUCUUCUGUACAAUGAACUUCACCAAGCAGUUCAAGCAAUCAAGAAAGAUCCUCAAAGCUCUUCGCUUAAGGUUGAAUGGCUUGGAGAUUGUGACACUAUCUUCAAGAGCCUGACAGAGAAGUUCUCGGGGAGGGUGGAGGUUGAUAUGCUACAAUCUGUCGGCUCAGGUUUAUCGUCGUUUUUGCGAGGGCACAAUACUCCGAGCCUGGACCAGCACCGCCUCAACCAGUUGUUUCUGGAGGGUUCCGCUUUUAGCUCAGCGCACGGACAGCUUUGUGAUAUCGUCAAGCGUAUUGUGCACAAGCAUCCUCACAUGCAUAUACUUGAGCUUAGCGCAGAGAGUCGCCCGAUGAGUAUGGUCUCGAAGGCUCUGGGUGAUGCAUUUGCUUCCUAUUGCUAUACGUACAACUCUCAAGAGCUCGUUAAUGCAGCAAAAAUUGCCUGCAGUGAUUGCACGGACAAAAUAUCAUUCAAGAUUGCAGACUACAAAGCGGACCUUAUUCACCAAGGUUUUGGUAGCGCUAGCUAUGACCUAGUGAUCACGACUCUUUUGCAUCUUGCAAAUCCGGACACAAAACCAUCUUUGCAAGAAAUUAGGCGCCUCUUGAAGCCCGGGGGCUACCUUAUUCUCAUGGAGAUAACAGGCCAGAUGGUGAUGUCCCUGCUCAUUUGUAUGGGCAUUUUCCCUGAGUGGUGGCGUGGCAAUGAGUCGAGGCAGCUAAGCUGGAACGGCGUUUCGCCAAUGGAGAUCGACAGCCAGUUGCGCUCUACAGGAUUCUCGGGCAUCGAUACUGUGACCCACGAUGUGCCAGACAGUGAAGCAAGCUAUCUUUCCGUCGUGGUCUCCCAAGCUGUGAACACUACUAUGGACAUGCUUCGUGAUCCAAUCAGGUUCAAAGAUCGUUUGCCUCUGCCGGAGAAAGUAAUGCUCGUAGGAGGUAAGACUUGGGUAGGAUCACGCUUGAUUGGGGGUUUGACGCGAGAGUUCGCGCAGUUGGGUGUGGCUGUUGGUCUUAUGGAAGACAUCCAUGAUUUUGAUCCAGUCACUAUGGAAGAUGGCCUACCGGUCAUUUCUGUAACCGAGGUCGAGAAGACGUUAUCUCUCAGUCAGGUAACGCAUAGAAGAUUGAUGUCAGUGCACCGAAUGUUCGAGCGGUCAAGAUCCGUACUUUGGUUGUCAUCCGCCUUCCACAGUGGUCCCUCUUUUCACAAUAUCACUCUCGGUUUAGGUAGAGUGGUAAUGGCUCAAUAUCCAGAUGCUCGACUGCAAUUCUUGGCAAUCACCGAGCCGGGUGCGCUCAACCUGAAUGUGGUCCUCGAGUCCUUCCUGCGCCUUUGGUGGUCUCGCCUUCCACUAUUUGCUAGAAAGAAGAUGCUAUGGACACAUGAGCCAGAGGUUCGCUUCGACGGCUGCAGUUAUUUCAUUCCACGUUUGGUUCAGGACGGGGAAAGAGACAAAAGACACAGAAACAAGCUAUUGAAUCUCACUGAGGAUGUUUAUACUGAUCAACGGUUCCUCAAACUCUCCUCUCGAGGCACCGAGACGAUUACUAUCAAGAUGCAAUAUUCAAUCCCACUCUCGCCACACGGCUGCAAAAGACUAUUCAUCUGGCUGGGAGCCACUCAGGACAAAAAUUCAACAGUUAUGGGCAUUGGAGAGCACAACUCGUCAGUCCUUCGGGUUAGGCCAGAUGAGGUUUAUGUUGUGGAUAUGAGAGAUGAAAUUACACCGGUGGCUCUACUGGCUAUAUCCAGCUUCCUCAUUGCUGAUCUCAUUGCAUCAGCCCUUCAACAUCCAGGCUCCAUUUUAUUCUACGAGCCCAACGAAAUCUUGGCCGCCGCGCUUCACACAAGUACGCGCUGGCGAAGACGAGAGGUCUACUUUGUGACAUCCACCAGACAAGAUAAGGUGCGGAGCAGAUGGAUCGGGUUGCAUCCUCAAGCGACCCGCCGGAUGAUUCAGCAAGCCCUGCCGACAGGUGUCUCAUACCUCGUUGAUUUGGCCACAGGCUGGAGUGGCACCCUUAGAUCAAACAUUCAUAGCAUUUAUAGCAAUGUCUUGCUAGGUUCGAUGUGGAUCGCGGGCGUGAAGUCUGCUGAGUCCAGGGAACUCAUCACUCGAGCUUACGCGGAAGCGAAAGCACAUCCCUUGAACCUGUCUUCUUUUGCUCAGCGCACAUACGCGUUGAAUGAGGUUGUCAACAUGCCGGAGUCUGUCUAUAGCCACCCAACUAUCAUCGACUGGACUAAACCGACCAAGGUUUCCAUUCCGGCCGAGGGUCCCUGUUCGCCUGACUUUUUCUCUCCGAAGAAAAGUUACCUCAUGGUUGAAAUGACAGCCCCACUGGGGCUGUCUUUAAUCUCCUGGAUGGCACGACACGGAGCCAGAAACUUUGUCCUCACAAGCAGGAACGGUCAAGUAGAUCAGCAGUGGGUCGAAAGCAUCUCCAAAGUUGGGAUUUGCGUCAAAUCGAUGGCGAUGAACGUGUCUCGGAGAGAGUCUGUGUCGUUGGUUUACGACAAAAUUAGCGCCACCAUGCCCCAAAUUGGCGGAGUCGCUUACGGAGCAAUGAGUAUCUCUGCUCAAGUAUUCGAGGAUGAGGCCGUUGACGAUCUCGACAUUGCUUUUGAUAUGAAGAUCAAAGGAUCAAGCUGCCUCGAUCAGCUCUUCUCUAAGCGUACCCUGGACUUCUUCGUUCUGUUUUCAUCGUUAGGGGCUGUAAAGGGCAUCCCUGAGCAACCUUACCAGAAUGCGGCCACACGCUUUAUGUGUGACCUAGUGCAGAACCGUCGGGCCAAGGGCUUAGCAGCAUCAAUCAUCCAGAUGGGCAUGGUUGUUGAUGUGGGAGUCUGUGCUGGCCAGACUAGACGCAAGCUCGAUCACCUGAUCAACCAGGGUUAUUCAGCCUUGUCGGAGAGAGAUAUUCACCAUGCCUUUGCAGAGGCCGUGACGGCUUCCGACGCGAAGUGGAAAGAUGGCGCAGAGAUCAUUAUCGGUUUCUCAUCGGCCAUGCGACGAUGCGACGAUCAGGAUGUUCCGCCAUGGUGUUCGAAUCCAAUUCUCUCCCAUUUUACCUCGAGGGAGAUGAUCCAGGAGAAGCAGAAAGAGCCAGUUGCCGUAGACGUCACGAUCAAAGAAAAACUCGUAGAGGCCAAAUGCGGUGAAGAAGCUCGUGAUUUGCUCUUGAGUUACUUAUCCGGGCGAUUACAGUCCGUGCUCCAGCUCGACGCGGAAAGCAUGCGUACAGAUGUUCCACUCCUCGAUCUUGGGUGCGACUCGUUGGUAGCCGUUGAGAUUGGUAGUUGGCUUGAGAAGGAAGUCGGAGUUGAGAUACCAGCUAUUGAUGUGUUGUACAAUACCGCGGUUGCGGUCUGUACAGAUGUUGUUGCACUACUCCUAGGGCAGAAGUUGGGAGACCAUCAGAAUCAUCAGUCUAUACAAACUGCGGCAACCACCAUGACGGCCUCCGACCGAUGCCUUAGCAGCCGAGAUCGCGUCAGCUCGGCGACUUCAGAAAGCUCAACCGCCGCAUGUUCUACAUCAAAAACAGAGUCUAGCCUUGUUCUCACUCGAGGCUUUACACGCGUCGAGCUCAUGUCUCCAUAUCAGUCCCUGAUCUGGUUUGCAGGACAUUAUAUGAAAGACCCGACGCAAUAUAAUGUCGUGAUAUCCUACAAAGUCGAGGGCUCCUUUCAGUUUGAAAGAUUCCAACAAGCGCUAGAGCAGGCUGUUGCAAGGCACGAAUCCCUACGCACGGCAUUCUUUAUGGACCAUGUUAGCGGCGAGCUCGUGCAAGGGGCUCUGAAAAGAGCGAGGCCCUUCUUUUAUCAUGUAAAGACAUCGGAUCCGGAAACCGUCUCCGAAGAAUUCAAAAAGGCGGCGCUUUAUAACUGGUUGUUGGAGGAAGGAGAGACCUUCCGAGUCACCGUGGUGUCAGUAGAACCCGGACGUCACACUGUGAUAUUCAGCUACCAUCAUAUUAUCAUGGAUGGGGUCGGCUGGUCCACCUUCCUCAGAGAAGUCAAAGGUUUUUACGAGAUGAGGCCCCCUACUUUCAAUGCCACACAGUACAUGGACUACUCCGUAAUGCAGAAUCAGGCUAUUCAGAGUGGUGCUUUCACCAAGGACAUGGAGUACUGGAAGCGGAGACUCUCACCUUUGCCGGAUGUGAUGCCUCUACUUGGGCUUGCCAAGGUGAAAUACAGAACCGCCACGGACAACUACAAAGCGCACACGACUACGCGUACAAUCGGCCGAGAGCUUGCCGAAAGAGUUCGCAACUCGAGUCAAAGACUUCGAGGCACGGGAUUCCAUUUCUACUUGGCAACGCUCCAAAUUCUCUUUGCGAAGCUACUGAAUAUAGAGAAUAUGUGCAUCGGCAUGAGCGAUGCGAAUCGAAAACAUGAGCAGUACCUCAACACGGUUGGCUACUUUGUCAAUCUGUUACCUCUACAGUUCCGAAUUGUGCAGGGCGAUAGCUUUGCUAGUGUGUUCAAGCGAACAUCACGCGAUGUUCUCUUAGCGUUGUCGCACUCGUCGAUGCCCUCGAAUCUCGUCGUUGAUCACCUAGACAUCCCACGAACCUCGACGCACACGCCACUUUUCCAGGUCGCCAUCAACUAUAGGGUAGGGGAGAUUACUGAGAUGUCUGUGGAGGAUUUCAAAUUGACCUACGAGCGCAGCGUCAUGGGGAACGCACCGUACGACAUGUCCUUUCACAUCACCCCUACCGCGCUCGGCGCCUGCAUCUUAGAUGUCACCUGUCGAGAUUACCUCUACAGUCCCGAGGCUGCAGGGCAGGUCUUGGACAUGUAUAUCAACCUGCUAGGUGAGUUUGCAUCAAACUCUUCCCUCUCAGUACAGCAGUGCGCCCUGUUCUCGAGCGAUAGCGAUGAAACACAUUUGUCCGUACGCCGGGGCACGCGGAUCCGUCAUCGAUGGCCGGAGACUUUGUCGGCACGGUUCCGCACAAUUUUAGACAGCUGUCCCGGGAGGACCGCAGUCAUUGAGGAAAAUGGAAGAUACACCUACUCUUCCUUAGGCGCGCGCAUGGGCUCCAUAGCGAACGCUCUCACUGAGAGGAAAAUCGCUCCCGGGAUGAAGGUCGCGGUUCUCUGUCAGCCAUCCCUGGACUCGGUGGCGAGCCUGCUAGCGAUUCUCCUCAUCAACGCUGUCUAUGUGCCUCUCGAUCUCAGUAGCCCAAUCUCGAGACAUAGCGCCAUUAUAGAAGCCUCGGGCGCAAAAGUGAUACUCUGCUCGACCACGACGCUCGAGUCCGCCUCCGCCCUUGGGGUGGCGACUAUCAUCAAUGCGUCCGCGGCACCGGAGCACUCGGGCCCGACGACAGAUAUCAGCCGUGAUGGUACGUCUCCGUCGGUCCUACUGUAUACCAGCGGCUCCACAGGUAAACCCAAAGGUGUUUUGCUCUCCCAAGUUGGCUUUAUAAAUUACCUUGCGGCAAAGGCCGAGGAACUGCACUUGGACAAUCAUGUCGUCGUCUUGCAGCAGAGCUCUGUGGGAUUUGACAUGGGGCUUGCGCAGACACUCAAUGCAAUCAUGAAUGGAGGGAAGCUCGUUGUCGUCCCACAGGCGGCGCGAGGGGACCCUAUCGAGAUUGCCAACUUGAUCCGGCGGGAGAAGGUGACAUUCACCCUUGCCACGCCGUCCGAGUACAUGGUUAUUCUCCAGCACGGACGCAAGUAUCUCGAAGACUACACACUGUGGCGCCACGCCUGCCUCGGCGGCGAACCAUUUACAGACCAACUGAAGCGAGAGUUAGUGCAACUGGGCCACCGAUGCCCCGUUGUUCAGGAUUCUUACGGUGUAACGGAAAUCUCUGCUUGCACGACUUUCGAGACCAUGAACGUGUCUCAGCUCGAAGAAGCACGCAGCGUUGGGAAGCCCAUCCCCAACACUUCUGUAUAUAUCUUAGACGAUAACGACAAUCUAGUGGGAGUUGGUGUGCCUGGCGAGAUAUGCAUAGGGGGCGCUGGAGUAGCCCUCGGGUACUUGGACGAGGAGCAGACGCGGCUGAAGUUUGUCGAGGAUCGGUUUGCGACCGAAGAUGAUAUUGCUCGGGGGUGGACUCGCAUGUACCAUACGGGCGACAAAGGACGCAUGCUUCAAGAUGGCUCGCUUAUCCUUCUGGGUCGGAUGGACGGAAACACGGAGAUUAAACUCCGUGGUCUUCGAAUUGACCUGGACGACGUGGGAGCUACAUUGGUGAAUUGCUCUUUGGGCUUGAUCUCGGCUGCUGUUGUUUGUGUCAAGGGCGAUGGCGAUUCCAAAUACCUCGUGGCUUAUGUUGCGAUUGCCCCCGGCCGCACGAGUACCGAGUCCGAGCUCCGACGUCUUGCGACUAGUCUUCCCCUGCCAAAAUACAUGUGCCCUGCGUUGGUCGUGCGCCUAGACAACUUACCACGGACUGCGAAUGGUAAGGUCGAUCGAAAAGCAAUCGAGGCUUUGCCGGCUUUGAGCGCAAAUGUACCAUCGCAGGAGAACAGGCGUCUGACCUUGGGAGAGGGCGAGCUCAAGCUCCUUUGGAUGGGGAUCCUCCCCAACAAACCUCCGAUCCAGCCCGAGUCGGACUUUUUCAUGCUCGGAGGGAAUUCUCUACUCCUGAUCAAGCUUCAAGGUGCGGUUCGCACUUCGAUCGGAGUUCACAUCACACUUCGUGAGCUGUAUGCAGCAAGUACUCUAUCCAGCAUGGCGCUUAAGGUUGCCUCACGUAAGGCCGAGACCCCAACGGCAACAAUCAACUGGUACGAGGAGACGGCUGUCCCGGAAGGAAUACUCCAAGAGACAAACUCGCGCUCGGAGCUGCGCCGCUCCAGAGAAUCAGCAGGCAUUGAGAUCAUUCUGACAGGGGCAACUGGAUUUCUUGGAAGGGCAAUCCUACGCGCCCUGCUUCAGAAGUCCGAAGUCAACAAAAUUCACUGCCUUGCUGUGGAGAAGGGACAGGAUGAUGUGCUCCCGUCUAGUAGUAGUGUUGGGGUCUACUACGGCAGCCUCCUCGAUCCCACUCUGGGACUAUCCACCGCCGAGUCGGACACACUGCAAUCGUGUGUCGAUGUGAUUAUCCACGCGGGGGCGCAUGGACACUGUCUUAACACCUAUAGCUCCCUCCGAACGCCUAACCUGAGGUCCACGCACUUCCUCGCGGGAUUUGCGUGUCGAGCCCAAAUCCCCUUGCACUACAUCUCCUCCUCGCGUGUGAUCCUUCAAUCAGGCCAGACAUCUCUGGGCCCUAUCUCCGUCGCGUCCCACCCGCCGCUCGCCAGCGGUUCCGAGGGAUUCACGGCUACGAAAUGGGCGAGCGAGGCGUUCCUGGAGCAUCUCGCCGACCGAACCGGAUUGUCCGUCUACAUCCACCGGCCAUGCACCCCGAUCGGCGACAACGCACCAGAUCAAGACGCACUCAAUUCCUUGCUUCACUUUUCGGACCGUCUCAGCGCCACUCCCCGACUAACCAACAUGGGCGGGUUCCUCGACUUCCAGAAAGUUGAGGUCAUUUCCGAGAGAAUUGCCUCGGAUGUGACGUCAUCGGUAUCGGACAGCACAUCGCCUUCUUCAUCCUCCUCGUCGUCGUCCGUCGUCCAGUUCCGCCAUCAUUCCGGGAAUGUCAGAGUUCCUGUCAAGAGCUUCAAGGAGUACAUGGAGAAAGUCCACGGUCGCCCGUUCGCGGAGCUGGGGCUGCCAGAAUGGUCGGCCAAGGCGAUGGAGUUGGGGAUGGAGCCGUUGAUUCCGGCCUUGUUGGAGGCGGUGGCUGAGAGCUCGGAGACGAUGUAUUUCCCUUACCUUGGGGAGGAAUGUGAGGGGUAG